GAAACAGCCCCGGAGCAGCAGCCUGCUGGGGCGCUGGCUGUCUCGGGGAUCCAGGCUGCCUCAGGACUGCGGCAGGCGGGCGCAGCUCCCCCGCGCCCGGGCAGGCCGCUCCCGGGGACCCCGCGCAGGAGAUUAUGAAGCUGAAAGACGUUCGUGAAUAGAAGUGCACGAAUAGAAGAUGCAGUCUUCAAAGUUUCAUUUACUUUUCCGUUUCCGUUACUGGUUGCUCUGGACUAGCAUAGGGAAAUUGGGAGAAAUUAAAUUUGCAGGCUUGUCUGUUAAUGCACAGAAGGAACUGGGGAGCAUGAGCUCUGCAAAGUUUUAUAGAAUCCCCGAGGGGAAGGGGCCUUACACUGUUGGCUGCACGGACCUGAUGACUGAUCACACGAUUCAGGGAAGCUUCUUUCGUCUGUAUUAUCCUUCACAAAAUGGCACAAGUAGUGAAGAAACCAAGUGGAUCCCCAGGAAGGAAUAUUAUCGCGGACUUUCCGACUUCCUCAACGUGUACCGGAUGUUAGGAGAGACAGUUUUUCAGUACUAUGUUGGCUCAGUGACAUGUCCUGCAAAAUGGAAUGCUGCUUUCAAGCCUGGAGAGAAAUACCCCCUCAUUAUUUUUUCCCAUGGACUUGGAGCUUUCCGGACUAUAUAUUCUGCUAUCUGCAUUGAGAUGGCAUCUCAGGGUUUUAUAGUUGCUGCUGUGGAGCAUAGAGAUAAAUCCUCUUCUGCUACUUAUUACUGUAAAGAAAAUCCUGUUUCUGAAGCACGAGAAGAGGCUACAGAAAAUCCGGAAGAGGAAUGGAUCUUCUACAGAAAACUAAACCAAGGUGAACAGGAAUUUCCUUUACGCCACCAACAGUUGCAGCAGAGAACAGAGGAGUGUAUCAAAGCUCUUGACCUCAUUCUUGAUAUUAAUUCUGGAAAACAUGUAGUGAAUGUACUAUCUUUAAACUUUGAUUGGACUCUCUUAAAGGGUUCUAUUGAUAGUGACAGAAUAGCUGUGAUGGGACACUCUUUUGGUGCUGCUACAGCCAUUGAGGCUCUUAGCAAAGAAGCUAGAUUCAAGUGUGGCAUUGCCCUGGAUGCAUGGAUGCUUCCUCUAGAUGAUGAAGUUUAUACCAGGGUCCGCCAGCCAUUGUUGUUUAUCAACUCAGAAAAAUUCCAGUGGGCUUCAAAUGUUUUAAAGAUAAAGAAACUUUACUCCACUGGCACAGAAAGAAAAAUGAUCACUAUCAAGGGAUCAGUACAUCAGAGUUUUCCAGAUUUUACCUUCCUGGCUGGUACCAUUGUUGGAAAGAUUUUCAAAUUAAAGGGAGAAAUAGACCCAAACAUAGCUAUAGAUAUUAGCAACAAAGCUUCAUUAGCCUUCUUGCAGAAACAUUUAGGUCUGGAGAAAGGUUUUGAUCAGUGGGACGCUCUCCUGGAUGGCGAAGGUCAUAAUGUCAUUCCCGGAACCAACAUUGAUCUACCCUCAACUCAGCCUGAAUCACUAGAAUGAAGAAACUGAUAAACAGUGCUUUAGUAUGCACAGUGUUAAGUCUUCAACAAGAUCUUACUUAGAAGUCUAGUAUGGCUGGCCAGCUACUUCCCACAGCUCCAGCGUAUUUUUUGUUCUUACUUAUCAAGACAGGCGACUGUGAGGCAGUCUCAUUGCACGCUGAUAAAAGAGUUGCAGGGGUUUAAAUUCAUACCAGCCUAUAAACUUGUUAUUGAAAAUACUGUAAAACUUUUGCUUUCUACAAAUUAAAUAUUAAAUCAGUUAUUAGAUCAAUGUCUGACUCUAAAUUAGGAAAGAAGCAGUGUUGCCUAGUGUUUACAGCAGGUGACUUUCAUUCUGGCAAGAGUUUGGGCAAAAUGUUUAUCCUCUCUGCUCUUCAGCAUCUCCAUCUUUAACAUGGAGACAAUACCUAACCAGCAUAUCAGAUGCUUUGAGCUCUCCAGCUGUAGAGUGCUACAUAAGUAUUGAGGGGGGAAAAAAAUUACUAGACCUAAGUUAGCCUGACUUCAAGAAUAUCAAAUGGGAAGCCCUGACUCAGUUUCUUAAGAGUCUGAUCCUAAAUGAAGAUAGAUUUUACAAAAUAUUUCCACCAGCACCCCUGGAAGCCUCUUGAGAGCAUACAGUGUGUAUGGUAACACCCAUUGUUUCAUGUUUUCUCUGUAUAUAAAAUCUCCCCACUGUAUUUUCCACUGCGUGCAUCCGAUGAAGUGAGCUGUAGCUCUCGAAAGCUUAUGCUCAAAUAAAUUGGUUAGUCUCUAA